GGGCCCGGGGGCGGGGCCUCCCGCAGGUGCAGCGAGCGGCUCAGGUUUCACUGAAACUUACCGGCCCGGGGAGGAGCGGAGCGCAGAGGCUCCGGGUACCGGCAGGUGAGAGGCGGCUUUUUCUUCCAGCGGCGAGUGGAGGUCUGAGUUUGGAAUCCGUGGUGGCGAGUUCCCGUCCGCCCGGCGCCGGGCCUGCCCGAAGGAUGCGGAGCCGGAGCGCAGCGUGGCUGCUGGGGGGCACCCUCCUGCUGGCGGCCUCUGCCUCCUGCAAUUACACCAGCCGAGGAGUCAAUAAACCCUCUAAAGGAAGAAGUAUAAUUGGUAGAGUCGAUGACUCAUCUCGAAUCUCUGGGACAGGCGUUCCAGUGGAGCCAGGCCUUUCUGUGGAUGAGAUUUCUGCCUCCCUCCUGACUGGAAAGCUGACUACUGUCUUUCUUCCGAUCGUCUACACGGUUGUAUUUGUGGUUGGUUUGCCGAGUAAUGGCAUAGCCCUGUGGAUCUUCCUUUUCCGAACGAAGAAGAAGCACCCGGCAGUGGUUUACAUGGCCAACCUGGCCUUGGCAGACCUCCUCUCUAUCAUCUGGUUGCCCAUGAAGAUUGCCUAUCAUAUACACGGCAACAACUGGAUUUACGGGGAAUCUCUUUGCAAGGUACUCAUUGGUUUUUUCUAUGGCAACAUGUACUGCUCCAUUCUCUUCAUAACCUGCCUCAGCGUGCAGAGGUAUUGGGUGAUCGUGAAACCCAUGGGGCACACCAGGAAGAACGCAAACUUCGCCAUCGGCAUCUCCCUGGGAAUAUGGCUGCUGAUUCUGCUGGUGACCAUCCCCUUGUAUCUCGUGAAGCAGACCAGUUACAUCCCAGCCCUCAACAUCACAACCUGCCAUGAUGUCUUAUCGAAGGAGGUGUUGGUGGAGGACAUGUUCAGUUAUUUCCUCUCUCUGGCCAUCGGAGUCUUCCUGUUCCCAGCCAUCCUCAUGGCUUCUACCUAUGUGCUGAUGAUCAGAACACUGAAAUCUUCUGCCAUCGAUGAAAACUCAGGAAAGAGGAGGAAGAGAGCCAUCAAACUGAUUGUUACUGUCCUGGUCAUGUACCUGAUCUGCUUCACUCCUAGUAACAUUCUGCUCGUAGUGCACUAUUUCACGACUAAACACUGGGGCCAGAGCUACGUCUACGCCCCGUACAUCGUAGCCCUCUGUCUCGCCACCCUCAACAGCUGCAUCGACCCCUUUGUCUAUUACUUUGUUUCAGAAGACUUUAGGAAUCAUGCAAAGAACGCUCUUCUUUGUCGCAGUGUCCGUAAGGCAAAGCGGAUGCAAAUAUUCCGCACAUCAAAGAAGUCCUCCAGUAAAUCCAGCUCUUACUCUUCAAGUUCAACCACCAUUAAGACCUCCUAUUGAGUAUUCCAGCUCCGCGGAUGGAGGUUUUCCAGGAGGCUUUGGAGCUUGCUUACUGUUAUGGGGAUGUUUCUGUUGUUUCCGAACCAAGAGGGUCUUACCACCUACCACGUAUAUGCAGUACCUUUCAGGAUUGCUGGAAGCUUCCCUGUUUGCAUGAAGAAAAUCCACUAAGUUAACAUAAAUGCCAGUUUCAGAAUUUCUCUACUCAGAUGCUCCCAGAAUGGAACUUACAGAAGCAGACUUUAGAAGGUGGCUCCCCGCAAAACACACAGACACCAGACAGAAACCCAGUGACUUGCAAAAACUGGUUUUGGCAUAAAGACUAAGUUCUUAGUGGAAACUACAUUUCUUACACAUCUGGGGUCAACCACAGUCUUAUUAGGGCUUAAGAACCCUCAGGGGUGAUCUGUCCAAUUGAUUGAGUUGAUGGAGGAAGGAACUUUUAAAGAGGCAAAGGAGCUGCCCAGAGUCAGGCUUCUAACCAGUGGCGGCAAGUUAGGGUUGGGCAGCAGCAUUUGAAUGGUCAGUGGGGUUCUUGCACCACUUCAUCGAAGUCAGCAAGCUUUUUGUUUAAAAAGGCAGGCUCGUCAGACUCAGGAAUGAGAACUCAGAAUCUGGGAACAGGCCCCCAGGAACCUGUGUGCUGACAAGCUUCUGUGCAAAGCUUAGGCACGCCAGGUCUGAGACCCACUGGCCUGGCUGCUGCUGCUACUGGACAAAGGGUCCUGGUAGUUUUUAAAAAGACAAGCAGACAGAAUGCUUUGUGUCUGCUUGUAAUGAAACUGGUUUGUUGACUUACUGGAUCUUUCAAUUUCUUUAUUAGUCUUGAGCUUUUAUAUGUAUCAUUAUCAUUUCGAGGAAAAUGCAACAGGAUUUUAAACUUGAAAAUACAAAUGUUGUGUAACUUUUUACUGACUUCAGCGAAAUCUUCAGGUAGCCUGAGUUUCACAACAAGGAUCAGAAUUGACCACUUAGUAUUUUAAGAAAUUAUUGUUGGACUAUUUAUUGUCAGUUUUGGUCCUUUGUUAUCAAAUAUGAAAUUAUAAAGCCUUCGCCGGGUUUGAACCGCAUCUGUUUGGGGAAAAAAAACUAAAAUAGAUGUGAUUUGCAGUAAUAUAUCUAAGGGAUACUUGGCUCCAGACUGACUUUAUAUGACUUGUAUUUGUGACUUUUUGAAAUAAUUAUUUUAUUGUAUGAUAUAUAAAUGACUAUUUUUAAAAUAUAUUUUUAUUGAUUUCAGAAAGGAAGGGAGAGGGAGAGAGAGAUAGAAACAUCAAUGAUGAGAUAGAAUCAUUCUUCGGCUGCCUCCUGCCCGGCCCCUCCUGGGGAUCAAGCCCACAAACCCAGGCAUGUGCCCUUGACCAGAAUCUAAUCUGGGACCAUUAGGCCAGUGCUCUAGCCACUGAGCCAAAUCAGGGAGGGCUCACAUGACUAUUUUUUACAACUUCUUUCUGAAGUGUGUGUGUGUGUGUGUGUGUGUGUGUGUGUGUGUGUGUGUUGAGGGAAGGAAUGUAAAAGGGCAAGCAACAUCAUUCUACUAAGAAGAAAUUAUGCGAGGAUCACACCUUAUUUUUACAUAAAAAGGGCCAUACUGUACAUAUUGCUCUAAGGGAGUUGUUUUUCAUUUACUUACAGUUCAGAAUUCUUUCCAUGUCUGCACCCAUAGGUUGACCUUCAUUUUUAAAGGAUACAGACUAUUAAAUGUUUUGACUAUAUUGUGAUGUAUUUCUCUAUCUAUGGCUUCCAUGCCGCCCGCCCCCGCCCCCCCCCCCCCCCCCCAUUAAAAUGGUGCUGCAUUGAACAUCUGCAGAUGUUUUUGAUGUGUUCCUAGAAGUAGAAUGGCCAGGUAAAAAGUUAGACACCUAUCUAAAUUUUAAAUUUUGGUAACUCUUGCCAGAUUGCCUUCAGUAAAUUAUACUUCUACCAAAAAGUGCAUUUGUACCUGUUUCCUGAAAUGCUCAUUCACACUUGAUUCAUGAAUUUUUGGAAAUUUUACCAAUCUGUUUUGAAGCAGCACAGCCUCCUGGCUGAGAGUGCCAAUCCUGAGCUGCCAGGCAGGGCUGAAUUCUGACUCUAGCAUUUCUUUAUUUUUUUUGUUACCUUAGGGGAGAUACUUCUGUGUCUCAGUCUCCUCAUUUGUAAAGUGAGGAUAAUGUCUUUCUCACUGAAUUAUUAGGAUUGAACAUUUGGCACAUUUAUGUAGUCAUACACAUUAUGUAGCAUUAUUACUAUUAUUCCUCUGUCUGCUAACGAGAUCUCAUUUCCGGUCUGCCCCUUUUCACGUCAGUGCCAGUGGUAUCUGCCCGCCUUCUUGCUUUCUCUGCUUUGAGUCUCCUAGCAGGCUUGUGGGUUGUCUCCAUUUUACAGGUAAGAAAGCAAAAGAUGGUGGACACCGAAUACAAGGGAGCAGAAACAAUUGGCUCACAGGCCCUGCAGGUGCUCUAUAGAGGGAUUCCAUGGAAAAAAUGUUUGGUAUUUGCCAUUUAUUUAUUAGUCAUUUUCAUAACACAUGCUAAAAAACCCAACUGAACAAAAAUAUAUAGCUAAAACAUUUUCUUCUUUGCUACCCAUGCUCAUUCUCAUCUCGCAGCAUGUUAAUUUUUAUAAUUUGUUUGUACACAAUAUAUAUGUAUAUUAACCCUUCAAAUAAAAAUGAAUAUGUUACAAUAAGAA